GGUCGCCGCGCGCACAGACCGUGAGCUUGUUGUUCAGUCGAACAGCGCGUGGAAUUACAGAUUUUUGAAUAAAACGGAAAACACAGCCGUACCUGACGCGUCCUAAAGACGUUAACGCAAACGUAGAGUAUUUUUUCCUCGUCUUUUGAUGUUUAUCUCAACCAUGGCUGCGUUAAUGAUUAGAUUACAUGCAGCAAUGACUCCGCGAAAGUUUUGACUUUUAUAACAGCAGUUAUUGUUGGCUCUCCCAACGGAUCCUUCAAGACUCGAUCAAGGAAUCAAGACUCGAUUACGGAAUCUCAUGUAAACUUUAUAAAUGAAGAUUAAAGGCACGCGCUUCUUCUCUUUGCCAAGCGUCGCACAUGGGUUCCUCUCAAGAGUUCAUGUACGUUAGAUAUGGCAGAUCAUCUCAAAUCAUCCAUAUCUGCUCCACUGCAUAGCAGAGCACUUGGGAGCUGUUCAAAGGUGACACCGAGGAGCUUCCUGGGCCACUGAGACGUGACUUCGGGCUGGGCGUCUCAUUUCCUGUGCCCCUGCUGGCCCAGACAAGCUUCCCUCUGAAUGACUACUGGCAGUCUGGUUGCAGGGCUUUGCCAAGCUGCCACCAUGAGCAAAUACUCCCAGUACUUCAACAAGACCCUCAUAGAGGUCCACUAUCGCAUUGCCAAGAACAUGAGCCAGAAGGAAAUCAAAGACCGCAUGGAGAGUAAACAAAGCCUGAGCGCCCUGAACAUUUUAUUUGUCAUAAUCUGCAGUAUCAUCAUCUUGGAAAACCUCCUGGUGCUCAUUGCCGUGUUCCGCAAUAAAAAGUUCCACUCUGCCAUGUUCUUCUUCAUCGGGAACCUGGCCUUCUCGGACCUACUGGCUGGCUCCGCCUAUAUUGCCAACAUCUUCCUGUCAGGCCCUAAAACAUUUCAUUUGGUGCCUGUCCAGUGGUUCAUACGAGAAGGGACUGCUUUCAUCGCACUGGCUGCCUCAGUUUUCAGCCUGCUGGCUAUCGCCAUAGAGCGCUACAUUGCCAUCACCAAGGUCAAAGUUUACGGCUCCAACAAAACUUGCCGCAUGUUCCUUUUGAUCGGAGCAUGCUGGGUGAUGUCCAUCCUUCUGGGAGGGCUUCCCAUUAUUGGUUGGAACUGUAUUAAUAACCUGGGGGAUUGCUCCGUUGUCCUGCCUCUCAACUCCCGAUACUACAUCCUGUUUGUCGUCACCAUCUUUACCAUAAUCUUGCUGUCCAUUGUGAUCCUUUACGUUCGCAUCUACCUUAUUGUGCGUACCAGCCACCAAGAGGCCACCAAUUCUCCAGCUUACGCUCUCCUGAAGACUGUCACGAUCGUACUUGGCGUUUUCAUCAUUUGUUGGUUGCCCGCCUUCACCAUCCUUCUCUUGGACACUUCUUGUUCGAUGAAAAAAUGUCCUAUCCUCAACAACGCUGACAUCUUCUUCAGCAUCACCACACUGAAUUCGGCACUGAACCCGCUGAUCUACACGUUGCGGAGUAAGGACAUGAGGAAGGAGUUCCUCAGGGUGCUUUGCUGUUGGGGGCUGCUUAAUUGUGGCAGGCCUCCUCACCGCUGCAUGGUGCCACUCAAGAGCUCGAGUUCAAUGGAGCACUGCACCAACAAACACGAACAUCAGUCAAUUCCCAUCAUGCAGGACUGCACUACUUGUGUCUGAUUUCGUCUCCUCAGUGCCCAGGUGUUUGAAGACAAGUGGAGACCCUAGGCAAGGCACAGAAGACAGAAGUGUUCAGAGACCUCACUGAUGAAACGAGAAUCACAAUCAAUGUCUUCGGACUCUUGGACAUUUAGGGCAGAUAUCACAGCUGUGCUAGCGGACUCUCACGUGUCCUUUUGUUGCUUCUGUCCUUGCAAAAGUUCCUGAACAUCACAGAAUGAGACUUCACCACGUAUUUGACAUUUUAAGGCAAAAUUUAAAAAAGCCAAAUUUAAAUGGGAAUGUCCAUUUAAGCUCUUUGACAAAGCAUGAACAAUUUAAAGUUGCACUUUGUAGACUUCUAGGCAGCUUGGGAUUGUAUAUUUCUCAUAUGCUGACCAACCUACCAGAAGUCGCAUACAAGAUGUAUCCUAUCCACAAGUAGACUACCACUGUCUUGGUUCAGAGAUUUGAGAGGACAGAUUGAAAUGUACGGAUCGACAAUGCACUCCAUGUGAGCCAAACAACCAUGCAUGCUUGCAGAACCUCUCCUAAUGUAUUCAUCAAAUUACUUGAUAUACAUAACAUCCUUUGAUUACCGACAAUAAAAGUAUUCUUCAUACUUCAUUGUAUUGCAUGAAAGUCUAACCUGUGUAAAAACGAAUAUGUAUGUCAAUGUUACUCCUCUUUGUCCAUAUUGUCCAUCUAAACUCACUGUCCCUUAAUAUUUUAUUUUUCUUUAACUUUCCUAAUUUUUUCCUAAGAGGAAAGCACAAUCAGAAUGUGAUAACUGAAUUCCUGAUAUGAGUUUCUCAGCAACUGGUGUAAACGCUGGUUGUGUUGGCAUGACAAUGCCGUAGCUUCGCCGUGGCAGCGUAUGCUUUGUUUUGUGCCCUCUUGACGAAUUGAACUGAAUAUAAGAAUGAAGUGUUACGAGCGAACAUUUUCGCUGAUCGACAGUAUUACCGAACAUCAUUGUUCUCCUGUUGAUUAUUGAGCUUGCAGUAACAAGAAUGGACACUCACUGUGAAGUCUUAAUGACGUUUAAAGUCAAUUGAAAUUGAUACGCCAUUGAUAAGACAGGAAACUUUGAGAUUAGGACAAAUUGAGCAUGCCUUUCUCUCUUUUGAAGGCAUAUUCAUUCUGAGAUAUGGGGGUUGUUAGGUGUUAUGCUGUCUUUUAAUUGGCCACAAGUCUUUAGAAGAAACUUUAAACUUCCUGUAACCACUGGAAGUCCAGUGUUUCCUAUGCUUCUUCCCAUUGUUAGGGACUGACUUUAAUGUUCCUAUACGUUAAUAUCAUCAGUCCAACACUUUCACUUCACAGCCAUUGACUGUUUGAUCCCAGCAUGUUUUAGUUUCCUCUGCUGAUCGGUUUAGUUCAGCAGAGAAAGCACUUUGGCAGCUCUUCCAAUACUGACCUAAUGUAUUUUGGUUUUUCUUUCUUUCUUUUUUUUAAUGCAUGAAGAGUUUAAGCCUGUGUGAGCAUCCCUAUCACUCCGUUCAAUGUAAAACAUUGCCUAUCCUGUGGAACAAUGUUUAUUUUAUAUGAUAAAUAUAUUAAAGUUUGUAUGUAUCCGUGUACAGUAUGUAUGUAAUGUGUAUACGUAUAGAAUGUCUUGUGUGCAAUAGCCUUGUGUUUUAGUAGCAAGCUACCUGUUCUAAAUCGGUACAAUCCCAAACACUAAUGUAGGUACAUACACAUUAGUUCAUUCCUUUUUAAAAUUAAAAUAA